AGUGAACAGUUGAGCUGCGCAGAGUUAAAUUCAGUCACAGCUUGAGCGAGGUGAAGAUAGUCGCGGCUAGACCCUGUUCAUGCUUUGAAUAUGCCCAAUUUUAUAUACUGUUGCAUACCAAAACCGUCGGGUCGAUGGUGAAAAGAAAGAGCACAUCGUCUGCUGUCGAAGAGCAUGAAAAUGGGAUGACAGUUGUGCUUAAAGACGGUGUCGAUGACACGAAUAAUUCGGGCAGAAAGCUUGACGGUUGUGACGAGGAGAGCGGAGAUCAGGGGAGCGAUGAGCGAAGUACAAAGAGAGACGGAAUGGAAAUCCAUACUCUAUCAACUACGGGCUGCACCAGUUCAGCACCGGUUAUUACCACCUCCGUAUCGAACCCGUCUGGACCUUGCUCGAGCCAACAGCCCCGGUCCUCGACAGCACGGAGUCACGACCAGCAUCAUUUUCUGAGAUCCAGCGUUCGACCCCCAAGCAAACGAAUCCGGAAGGAUUCCAUCGCCCCAACUAUCAAUGGUCACAACGGGGCGAAAUCGAAAGGUUCAGAGAAUGGUCCCUUUCACCAGGUAUCGGCUGGUCAGUCCGGCUCCACGUCGGGCUCUACGGGGCCCUCAGGCAAGGCUGCCCCUCGAGGCCAAGGACCCGGGGACAAGGAGAAGCCAGUGGGCAGCCAGAAGAGACCCAGGAGACAGUGGGAGUCCUGGAGUGCAGAGGACAAGAACAGCUUCUUCGAAGGGCUCUAUGAGCAUGGGAAGGACUUUGAGGCGAUCCAGACAAACAUAGCGUUGAAGCAUAAGAAGAAGGGGAAGCCAGCCAGCAUGGUGAAGAACAAAGAGCAAGUCCGACACUUCUACUACCGCACCUGGCACAAGAUAUCCAAGCACAUCGACUUCGCCAAUGUGUACUCCCGUGUGCUGAAGAAGUCCUCUCAGGAGCUGUACGGUCUCCUCUGCUACGCUGAGCUAAGGAAGAAGGUUGGAGGAUUGAUGGACGAUAAGAACGUGGCCAAGCUUAACGAGCUCAUCCAACAAGGGGCGACCACAGUGCGUUCUAAAGGCAGGAAUCUGCGCAUCAAAGCUCCCAUGUGCCGUGCGCUCAAGAGGCUGUGUGACCCAGAUGGAGUGAGUGAUGAAGAGGACCAGAAGCCUGUGCGUCUACCUCUGAAGGUUGCUGUGGAGCUGCAGCCACGUAGCAACCACUCCUGGGCCCGUGUCCAGAGUCUGGCCCAUAAUCCUCGCCUCAGGAUGGUGGUGGAGCUGCAUAGGAAGGUGUCCAGCCUGAUUGAGUUCCUGAAACAGAAGUGGGAUGUCCAGGAUCAGCUCAUCCUGAAGAGCGUGCAGGAGCGCGAGGCGUUAGAGGGAACCCAACAGCACAGUGGUAGCGGCAGCCCUGCUCUCCCCUGCAGCGCAGACGAGGACCUGUUCCUGUACCCAGCUGAGACCAGCACCCUGACCGCCCUGCCCAGCGUAGCCCGUGUGGUCCACUCCAAGGCCUCCUGCACCGUCCACUGGCAGGAGAGCAGCAAGCUCCGCUCCGGCCCCAAGGAGCUGAUCCCCACUGCCCAGAUUCUGGGCAUCCAAGGGGCCCCGCUCCUCCUCCUCCCCCGGGGGGGUGUGGCCAAACCGGGGCGGGGCGGUGGUGGUGGGGAUGCUCGACGGGUAGGGGGCGAAACCCCUGUAUCCACGCCUGAAGGAGGAACGUCGGGAGGAGGAGCAGGACCAGAGCACAAGAAUCUGAACCAGACAACAUCUCCUCCUCCUGUAUGUCCUCUUCCUUCUCCUUCAUCUUUGCUGCUGUUGUCUCUGGCUCAGAAACAGGAGGGUAGUGCAGCCGUGGGGCAGGUGGAAGGGGAGAAGGGGCUGGGGGGAGGACCAGGGGUAGGGAAGGCCUUGGGGGCCAAGGAAGGAGAUGGGGACUCCAGUUCUCAGGGCCAGGAGGGAGGUUCUUGCUCUGCUACUGAGCCAUGCAGGCAUGACGAGCGGACCCCAGGGGUUAAUGACAGUGCCUCUCCAGAGAGGAACUCCCUCCCCCUGUUGGACCCCCUGGUUCCCACCACACCUCCACACACAAUGGUACCGCGACAGGUUGAGGACGUCCCUCCUGACCAGGGGCAGGGGUGGACAGCAGCCCCAGGAAAAGAGGAGUGUGAUGGAGGCAGCACCCCAACCCCGGUGUCAGGCGGUCGGUCGGCCCAGCGGAUCUGUGAUGAGGGCUGGAGCUCGCGGGGGUCAGACAGCAACGUGACUCUGGCAGAGCUGUACCUGAUGCUGGGGAAACCUGGGAAACUGCAGCUGGUGUACGAGUGGCAGCCGGCUGCUGUUGCAGGCCCGGAGCUGGGGGAGGAAGGGCUACAGGGACCAGGGCAGACAUACCCACAGCUACAGUCACCACGCCCUCUGCCCCCACUCUCCACUCACCGCGUCCUGCACUGUUUGCUCCGGCUGGUGUCAUCAGAGGUCAACCCCAAACCUGCUCCAGAGCUGUGCUCCACAGCCACGUCUCCGGUAAAGCCAUCCCAGGAGGAACAGUUCCUCACCCCCCCAGGCAAGGCCCCGGCUGUGGGGGUACGUAGCCCCAACUGUGGACGACCCCUGGGGGUCAGAGCGGCAAAGCUGAUGUUACCAAACACUGGAUUGUCCGGUCGUAACCUCCCGCGGCCUCUACUGGUGUCCGGGGGGGACUCAGAUGGUGGGGUGUUUGCCGUUCCAACCACCCUGCCCCCCAACAGCUCUCGACACUCCCGCAUGUUCUCUCCCAACAAGGAGGCCGAGCUCGCCUUCCGACAACAGCUCAACUCCAUCAGCAUGCAGUCAGACAUUUUCCUGCCGAAACAAAGGAAAAACAGGAGCCGGCCACUUCGAAAGCCGCUCGUGGUCCAGAGAACCCUGCUCCCCCGGACCACUGGAGACACUCCUCAACACGUCUGCUCCUUCUCCAUCCUCUCCAACUCAUCUGCCACUGGAACAGGCUCUUUCCGGCCAAUCCAGCCCCGUCUCUCUCCCUCCACCCAUCCCCUCCUCCCCAGGACUCCGCCCAUCACCUCUGGCCCUAGGAUGUCCAGUCGGCUCUCCAGUGCCAUUGACCUGGCAGCCAAGUCAGCAGGCAUCAUCCCAGGCAGCCCCUGUCGGGAGUUGGAGGCCCCCAGUCCAGACGGAAGGUCCCUCUCGACCUCUCACCCUGGAGUGGUGCAUACUAGUCCUGGUCCUCCCCAGACACAGCUCAUUCAGCAGGCCUCCUCUGAGGUUUCGCUGCAGAACAGCCUCCCCCCUCUGUCUCCAGGAGUGGCAGGUGACUCUCUCCUCUCCCCGCCCAGCGUGGCCUCUCUGCUGGACAUCUCUCUCCCGGGACCCCUGGAGGAAGCCAUGGCUCCUGGAGGGCCACAAAUGCACAUCAGUGACUCAAUCAUUGAGCUGGCCAUCAACUCGGCACACUACGGUGAUGAGGCAUCCCUCUCUCCUGCCAAGCUGAAUGGUAGUGAGUGCUCUAAGCUCCUACCCUGUACCUCAGUCAGCCCCUCCAGAGGCUGGAUCCCUUCCCCAAGCCAUGACCCUCAGUGGUACCCCAACGACUCCACUGACUCUUCAUUUGGCUGCCUGCUAUCAAGCCUGGUGUCCCCUGAUAAGGGUAGACAAAGCUCCCUGGCCCGCUCCAGCCCCUCCAGUGGAACAGCCCUCUUCGGACCAAGAUUUCUGGACUGCAACUCCCAUGAUUCCUUUCAGUCCCGCGGCCUGCCAGACGUAGCAGAGGUAGACACCCAGCUGGCCUGCAUGAUGAGUGAGAGCAGCGUGGAUUACAUCGCCCGCUUCAACGAUUUGGCACAGGAGCUGGCUGUCACAGAGCCGCACCUCCUGCCACCUUGAGUUUGAAUAGACUGAAGAAAUGUCUGUCAGUUGCCCCUCCCACACCUUCAAAAGUGCAAGGACAAAGGGGGUGGAGAAACACUCCUUCCCCUAUAUAGUUUGUGAAAGAAAGUGCAAUGGCAAUGGCCUGAACAGAAGAAGCACUCAGAUCUACCUUGGAACAGUCCAACUGGAACAGGUUUAAACUCGUUCUGAUGGUUUCAACUGGUUCUGAAAUGGUUACCUCUGGUUCUGACGGUCUGUGGUCUGGUUUCAACGGCUUCUGAAGGAACGUGGACUAGUUUCAACUGGUUUGAUGGCCUGUGGACCAGUUUCAACUGGUUCUUAUGGGUUCUGACCAGCGUCAACUUGUUCUAACGGGUUCCAGCUGGCUUGUUUGUUUGAACUGUUCUGCCUAGCGAGCAGGCCUUUUUUUUAUAUAUAUAUUUUUUUAAACACUUAAGAUUAAUCCUGUUUACAGAACACAACCUCAUGUAAAGUAUAGAACAAUGCCAUAUAUGAACAAGAGACUGGGUCUCCAUUUCUGUCCUUUUGUCUCCGUCUUCUUCCCUCUGAGAAAUAUCAACCCGAAGACAUUGGGUUGAAAAUGUAAAUGUCAGACUAACUUUAAAAUAACUACUGAUGAACUGCUGGUAGCGUGUCCUUCUCCAUCUUGUCUGUUCACGCGUACAAAUUAAACUAACACAUCACUUAAUCAUUUAAUUUGUUUAAACUGAAUAAGACAUGAGUGGAACUGAUGUGAAUUUGUGUCCCAGGCCAAACAUACGUGUCGGAGUGUCUUUGUCCCUCCCUCCAUAUCAAUGCAAACAAGUGACAGUCCACUUGAACAUCUACUCCAACUAACCCAGCUACAUCUGUGUUAGUCUGUUUUUUUUCUUCUCAACCAAUGCUUUGAAUUGACCUGAAAGCUAAUUUCAGUUUUCUGUAGCAAAACAUUUUGUAACACCACACCAGGCUCUCCCUCCUAUGAUGCCUGGUUGGUUGUCAGUCAAGCUGCGUGUUUUAGAGCUCCCCAGCUGACGAAAGAACCAGUCAUAUUAUGUGGGGCUUUAGACACAGAAAUAUGGUCACGUUCCAGGAUGACCUUGUUGGAGAUGUUGCAUUGUAUCAACCAAUGUUUGUGUGCCACAUCAUCGACUGCAGUCUGGCAUCGGAUUACUACGGUUGAGUAGUAAUGCCUGACUACAUUGCAGCAAAUGCCAGAAAUGAAGAUGCGUGUUUCCAGUACAAUCCGUGUCCAAAAUGGCACCCUAUUUCCUAUAUAGUGCAUUGCUUUUGACCAGAGCCUAUAGGGCCCAGGUCAGAAGGAGUAUGCUAUGUAGGGAAUAGGUUGCCAAUUCAGACACACCCAAUGCCUAGAUGUCAGCUAAGGAUUUUGUUAUGAGAAAUCACAUUGACGCAAUGAUCAAAUACUAAAUGUCAGAUUUUUAUUGUUUAACACACUAAAAGAAAUGUUCAAGCUACAAAUGUGGAUUAUGUCUAAAGAUUUUUAUAUAGCGGUUGUCUUUAAAUUGGGGCAUGGAGUCCUUUCUCUUUAACUUUAAUCUAUAACAAUUCCAGUAAUCUCUCUAUGCUUUUGUAACAUAAUCCUGUAAAUUAUUCUUAUUUGGACUAUUUAUUAACAGGUUGAGAAAAAAAGUGUUGGUUUUUUGCAUUGUAAUUUCAGAAAAAUACCUUAAUAUAUCAGCAGUAAUAGUGGAGUGUUUAACAAUGUUUAAUAAAAAAUUGAGCCCACACAAAAUUGGUCGUCACUAGUUACUUUAGCCACAAAGUCUUAAGGCCUGCUUACUUGACCAAUUUGGAUCAAGUGAGUGUGAUAUGACUCGUAUGCGGCUUACGUUUCGCUGGCAAUGACCAACCAGAUGAGGGGGUGUGUGUAUGCAGACCGGCUUGCAGGGGAGACGUGAGGCAUGCAUUUAAUUUUUUUUAUUAGCUAUAAUAAAUCCAACCAUUCUAAAUGCAAAGGGAUAAUCGGAUGUCUUAAUCAGUCAGCUUGCAAGCGUAUCAUGUUUUCCCUUACUCAUAGUUAAUAAUAAUAAUAUAUGCCAUUUAGCAGACGCUUUUAUCCAAAGCGACUUAGUCAUGUGUGCAUACAUUCUACGUAUGGGUGGUCCCGGGAAUCGAACCCACUACCCUGGCGUUACAAGCGCCAUGCUCUACCAACUGAGCUACAGAAGGACCACAUAGUUACUUGUCUUAACCCAAAAUAGGUUUAUUCCAAUAUCUGUAUUGUUUUUAAAAUGACUUGUGAAAAGCAGAAUCAACAACCUCUGCAUGGUUGCUUUGUGAGAAGGUGUUAGUUCAGUUAGCUAUUGUUAUGUAAAUCUGAAAAGUACAAAUGGCUUUCGCUUUGACCCCAAGUGAGACAGAUGCUGGUCUGCGUAGUUGGAAACAGAAGAAUCUGAGCACUAGGGUAAAUGCUGUAUGGAAAUGUGCCAUUACAUACUCUAUUUUAUUUUUAUUAGCCCAUCCAACCUCUUCAGAGGACAAAAGUUCAUUUGUUUUACAUUUAGGUUUCACAGAUAUUUGGUUACAUAAUUUGUUCAUACAGUACUGCAUACAAUAUGAAACGUAUACACACUACUAAGUCGCUCAAGAUAAGUGUCUGCUAAAUAACAUGUAAAUUACUAUUUAUUUUUUAUACACAGUAUUAUAUAAUAGGAAUACAGUUUGAUGUCAUGACAUACUCUUGCAAUAUGUGCCAUAGGAUCUGUGGUGACCACAGAGUUGGGACACUUGUUUAAAGUCCGUCAGCCCCAUCUUCAAUUUUAUUGAAGAACAUUCCAUUAUUACAAUUAAAUGUAAAAGUGCAUGGUAUAAAUGACAAAGAUCUGUCUUAACUUACUACCUUGCUCAUUUCAGCAGCAUGUUUGUCUUUUGUCUUUUCUUUGACUUUCACCUCAUGGCAUUCAUGUCUUCGUUCCAACAACUUGAAACGGAACACAAUUGAAUGGGAGACUUUUACUCUCCCAAAUUAGUUUUUUUUUCCUCCAACUUGCCUCCCUCAUCUGAUUGGUCGAGUAGGGGGGCCUUCUGACUUUGGCUGUGGUAACUAGUGACAUCCCACAAAAUUGUUCAGCCUUCCUAUUGUUCAACAAAAGCUGGACCAGCUCUUUUCUCUUCCAUCAGUGUCACUCAGAGGUUGGUUAUUUCACAAACAGAAUCAUCAAUGGCAGAAAUCGUCCUGCCAUUACCUAGUUGUGAAAAGUAGUUUAUAUUCAGCACAAGUAUUGCAAUUCACCUAGCUUCCACUGUUGAGUCUCUGAAAACUCCUAGCUUCCAUUGUUCAAUGCCAUACAACUCUCCUUCUGUGGCCUCCAAUAUUGCUCUUAAAUACAAGUAAAACUAAAUGCAUGCUCUUCAUUACUGCUCUGACUUAGAAUAUGUGGACAACUAUAAAUACCUAGGUGUCUGGUUAGACUGUAAACUCUCCUUACAGACUCGCAUCAAGCAUCUCCAAUCCAAAGUUAAGUCUUGAAUUGGCUUCCUAUUCCGCAACAAAGCAUCCUUCACUCAUGCUGCCAAACACCCUUGUAAAACUGACCAUCCUACCAAUCCUCGACUUCGGCGAUGUCAUUUACAAAUAGCCUCCAAUACCCUACUCAAUAAAUUGGAUGCAGUCUAUCACAGUGCCAUCCGUUUUGUCACCAAAGCCCCAUAUACUACCCACCACUGCGACCUGUACGCACGCUCUAGUUGGCUGGCCCUCGCUUCAUACUCAUUGCAAAACCCACUGGCUCCAGGUCAUCUACAAGACCCUGCUAGGUAAAGUCCCCCCUUAUCUCAGCUUGCUGGUCACCAUAGCAGCACCCACCUGUAGCACGUGCUCCAGCAGGUAUAUCUCUCUGGUCACCCCCAAAACCAAUUCUUCUUUUGGCCGCCUCUCCUUCCAGUUCUCUGCUGCCAAUCACUGGAACGAACUACAAAAAUCUCAAACUGGAAACACUUAUCUCCCUCACUAGCUUUAAGCACCAGCUGUCAAAGCAGCUCACAGAUUACUGCACCUGUACAUAGCCCAUCUAUAAUUUAGCCCAAACAACUACCUCUUUCCCUACUGUAUUUAUUUAUUUUUCUCCUUUGCACCCCAUUAUUACUCUCUACUUUGCACAUUCUUCCACUUCAAAUCUGCCAUUCCAGUGUUUUACUUGCUAUAUUGUAUUUACUUUGCCGCCAUGGCCUUUUUUUGCCUUUACCUCAUCUCACCUCACUUGCUCACAUUGUAUAUAGACUUAUUUUUCUACUGUAUUAUUGACUGUAUGUUUGUUUUACUCCAUGUGUAACUGUUGUUGUAUGUGUCGAACUGCUUUGCUUUAUCUUGGCCAGGUCGCAAUUGUAAAUAAGAACUUGUUCUCAACUUGCCUACCUGGUGAAAUAAAAAUAAAAUGGGU